AUGUGGAUAAACUGCUGCAUUCAAAGGAUCCGUUUUGCUAUUUUGGUUAAUGGCAGUUCCUGUGGAAAGUUUGCAUGUGCAGAAGUCCUUUUCCAAGGGGAUCCGUUAUCUCCAUUCAUAUUCUUAUUAAUUUCCGAGGUGCUAAAUAUCAUGUUAUCUAAAGCUUUAGUGGAUGGCAAGUUGGGUGGCUUCACAGCUAAGUACGGUGGAACGUCUAUCUAUUGUAUGCAAUUUCAAGAUGACACAUUGGUUUUCCUCGAUGCUGAUCUUGAGCAAGUUAGGUUCUUGAAGUUUUUACUUUUCUCUUUCGAGUUUGCCUCUGGUCUUUGUACUAACUUUAGUAAGUGCAGCUUAUUUGUUGUCGGUGAAGUUGUAAAUCUGGAUGUUUUGGCUUCUGUUUUGGGAUGCUCUUGCGACUCUUUUCCUGGUGUUUAUUUGGGUUUACCUCUUGGAGAGCAGAUUCUAUCUAAGACCAAGCUAGUGUCCUUCAUCUUCAUCAUGACAGGAGAUCAUACAGUUAAAGAUGUAGAUAGUACUACCAGAGAACUCAAAGAAUUAUUGAAAGCUUUGAAUGAAAACCACACACGUGAAUCUGCUAGUCGUACUGCUGAUGCUACUUCACAUGGUGAGAAGUUAGAUAAUAUCUGUUUCAGCCUUCAAAAUCUUACCUCCGUAACUACAGCCACAUAA